AUGCGACGCGACGACCGCGACGAUGAUGCCGAGGAAACGCUCGUGACCGUCAGGGUGGACCCGCAGCCCGCGGGCGAGCCCAGGACGCCGCCCAGACAGAUGGGCGUCGGGACCCAGAUGCGCCUGCUGCAAUCCGCGGGGAAAAGUCUCACCCCGGGCAAGUACCCCGCGCUCGGCUCCGCGUCCCCGCGCCCCAAGCUCCUCUCGCAGCGAUCGCUCGGGGCGUCGAGCGUCGGCGGCAGAUCCAUCGCGCACUCCCCGAGCCGAUCCCGCCGGGGAUCCGCGCGCGCGUUUCCGCGGUGGUGGUGCGUCACCGACCGCGUUCGCCGCGACGUCAUCGCCGUCAUCGACGCCGCCCCAUCGCAGCGCCUCCUCUUCCUCGCCAUACUCCUCGCGCUCUUCCUCGCCGACGUCGCCGCGUGCGUCUCGGCGCCGGACGAAGCCGACGUUCCAAUCGCGAUCGUCAUGUGCGCGUGCCUUGUCGUCAUAACCGCCGAGUUUCUCGCCAACACGACGUGCCGGGAUAACUACGCGUGGUCCUUCUUCUUCUGGAUGGACCUCGCGGGCACCGUCGCCAUCGUCGCCGACGUGGCGUGGCUCUCAGGGGGAUGGCUCGACGGAACCUCGACGGUGGGCAUGGGCGCCACGCUUCGAGCCGCCAGGGCCGCCAAGUACGGCGCACGCGCUGGGAAAGACCUGGCGGCGGUGAUUCAGUGCGUGCGCAAGUUCAGGUCGUUCCGGCUGUUCCGGCCGCACGCGGAAAACGCGGAGAGGAGGUACACGAAGGGGUCCUCCAAGGAGAGGGACGAGAGGGGCGGCGACGCGAUGUCAUCCAGUCGCAUGGCUCGGGACCUGCGGGACGCCGUCUCCAAAAACGUCGCCGUGAUCGUCAUCCUCACCGUCUUCGCCGCGCCUUUGCUCGCGUGGAACGACAGCGACACCAUACCCGCGGCGUACCACGAUUCCAUCACCGCCGUGGCGGACGUCGUCGGCGUCGGCGAUUCCAAAAUCACCGAAUCCGUCGCGAGCGGAUUCUUUGAUUUCUUCGCCGGGUCCGAGCGGAAACCCGUGGCGCUCACGUUCGGUAACCGCACGUGGGACUGGUCCGGCACCUUUCCGCGGUCCGGUCGGAGCUCCGACCACCUCGUGCUGGCCAGCGGCGACUGCGGCGGGGACGUUAACAACACCGGCGGAGCGUGCGUGGUGACAGAGCUGGAUAUCCGGCUGGUUAACAGGUGGACCGCGUUCCUCAACAUCGGCCUGACGCUAUUCGUCGUCUUCGAGCUCGUCCUCGUCAGCGCGCUGUUGACGCGUGUCACGAACAGGCUCGUGGUGGACCCCCUGACGCGCGUGUUUGCCAACAUUCGGCGCAACAUGGACCGAAUCAUGGGCGUCUUGGAAUCCGGCAAGAAGAGACAAUCGCUCAAUUUUGACGACUCGUCGUCCGACGACGACGUCGACUCCAUGACCCACUUCGAGGCCACGAUAGAGAAGAUGUCCCGGUUGUUAACCCACGUCGCCGGAUCGGGCGCGCAGGGCAGCCACGUGUUCAACGAGUACCUGAACGACGAGAACGUCGACGACAACACCCGGGCCUGGCUCACCGACAUGAAGGGAGCCGGGGGGACGGUCAACACCAAGCCUACCGCCCCGGGCCGACCGGCGGACCCGGAGAAGCGUAAGAGCCUCGGCAUCGAGAUACCCUCGCCAUCCGCGAUUCGCAAGAAGAGCGGAAGCGCGGGAACCACGCCGACGCGCCCGGCGGUGAAGAGGAGCCUCAGCUUCAAGACCAUGGUGGGCAUGGCGGAUCCCUCGACCAAGUACCUCGCGAGUGGCGACCCCGAGGCCGGAGCCCCGUCGCCGGUGGACAAGCCGACGAGCCCGCCGCGGGGCAUCUCCGUCCACGCCGUCGCCCUCGAGGCGGCGGCGGCUUCGAAGCGUCUCUCCAACCACUCCGACGUCACCGACGAAACGGACGACGAAGACGAGUUCACGAGGAUUCCCGCGGGACCCGAGCUGCAGAUGCGACAGAAGCGGCAGCGCUCUCGCGCGCGCGCUCUCAACGCCGCCGCGGCGCUCGCCGCCGCGGAGGAACUCGCGAUUGACCUCCCGGACGUCGACCGCGACCUGAUCAACACCUGGGACUUCGAUUCGCUGGCGAUGACCUCCGAGGAGAUCCGCGCGCACGUGCUCUUGAUGUUCGGGUCUCUCGGGCUGCUCCGCGUGGAUUGCGAGACCCCUGCGCACAACAGCGUGGACUCUGACGCCGCCGCCGCGGAGGGUUUUUGCACCCCCCUCGCGCUGUGGAACUUCGUCGCGCGGAUAGAGACGGGAUACAACGACAACCCGUACCAUAACUUCCGUCACGCCGUGGACGUGACGCACACCGUGUACCGAUACGUGACCAUAACCGAACCCCGCACACACGUCACGCACGUGGAGAAGUUCGCCCUACUGGUCGCGGCGCUGUCGCACGAUCUGGACCAUCCCGGCGUGAACAACGCCUUCCUCGUCAACACCAAAGACAGGCUCGCGACCCUGUACAACGACAGCAGCGUUCUGGAAAACUCCCACAUCGCGUUCCUGUACGACCUCAUCGCGACGCGGCAGACCCGGCACGCCGCCGUGGCGACCCGUCGCCCCAAACCCGGCGCGCUGCCGAGGAGCGACACGCACAUCGGAAACGCGAGGGACACGCGACGAUCCAGUCCCUCCGUGUGCGUGUCGUCAGAUAAGAGUGGUAUCGAAGCAGCCCCGGGUGCCUUCCCCGAGCCGGGCGCCAACGACGAGGCGAAUAUCUUCGCCGCUCUCGACGACUCCCUCUACCGCGAGGUCCGUCGCAUCAUCAUCGCGACCGUUCUUCACACCGACAUGUCCCACCACUUCAAGAUGGUGUCCCAGAUGGAGGUGUUCUACGAGCUUCACAGCGAGGGCAUCGCCGCGAACACCCGCCGGGUGAAGCGGGGUAUCAUGGUGGACUGCAUAUACAAGAAGGAGGAGGACCGUCAGUUCCUGCUCAACGUCAUCCUGCACGCCGCGGACAUCAGCAACCCGGUCAAGCCCCUCGACAACUACGGCAAGUGGUCCUAUCGGGUCGUCAAGGAGUUUUUCGAGCAGGGCGACGCCGAGCGCGAGCUCGGGAUGACCGUCUCGCCCAUGAUGGACUCGGCCACCGUCAAUCUGGCGAUGUCGCAGAUCAACUUCAUCGAGUUUGUCGUCGCGCCGCUGUAUGCCGUGUUCGGCCGGCUGUUCCCCGAGACGUCCACCACGCUCGCGAGGCUCGUGAACAACAGGAUGCACUACCAGGCGCUGCUCGAGAGGGAACUCGACGAAGUUGAACCCGCCGGCGCGAAGAACCGCGCAGGGUUUGUCGAUGGUGCCACGCCGCCCCCGCCCGGCGCUCACGCGGGCGAGGGUAAAACCCCGGAGGAGCGCUCGAAAGAGCGGGCGACGACGCGCGCGAGGUUCCGGGGUAUGGUCGAGAAGCACGGGAUACGCCACGGCGCCGCGGGCGGUCUCCUCGGUGACUCGCCGCCGUUUCGCAUCCUGAUGGACGCUCGAACAGACGCGCCGCUCCCGCCGGCGCUCACGCUCGAGGCGGACGGCUGGCUUCGAAGGCGCUCGACGGACGGCGAGGACGGCGGGGGCGGGGGCGGGGCGGCGGCGGCGUCGUCGUUCGGUUCUAGACGCGGGAGCGCGUCGUCGAGUAACACCGCGGAUGGUCGGAGCAGGAUGAACUCGAGCUCGAGCUCGAAGUGA